AUGAACAAAUCCGCCAUCCUCGCUGCUUCUGUCGCCGCCGCCGCCGCCGCCGUUUCCCUAUCCUCAUCUGUCAAGUUUUCUCUUCAGGACAGUGGGGCGCAGAGCUGCCGCGUCGGGUUCUCGCCGGCCGCGAGUGCAUCGUCGACGGAGAAGUUCGCGCCGCGGUUCGACGGGUUACGGUUCAUUGAAACGCUGAUUACUGCGCACAGAUGA